AUGCGGCAAGCGAGGCUGUCGUUCGGCAAGUCGGAGGCGAAAGACGCGCCUGCGCCCCGCCGGCGUAUAAAGGUGCGUGCGCGGCGCCCUCCUCCCAGCGCGCCGCCACUCGCGCGCGUGUAUUCCGGCGCGCUUCCGGUCGCGAAUGUAUUUGCACGCGUCUACCUCUACGAGUACCUCGCGCGUUUUGAGGACGCAAACGCGCUCGGAUGGCCUCCGACGCGUCUCGAUGCGGUGCACUGCUGGGACGACUAUGUUGCGCUGCAGAUCCUGCAGCGCCUCGCGGUGCACCUCGGCGGCCUGACCGAGCUCGCCUCCGGCCAGCCGUCGGCAGGGUGCGGCGCGCUGGUGCGUGCGCUGCGGCGGCACAUGGACGAGCCCGAAGCGCCUGCACCAUGGAUAGCGGCGCAUUCCAUGCUCGAGCGCGCGCACGUUCCGCCGUACGACCUGGAAGAGGUGUCGGUCGACCUUCCCGUCUGGCGUCGUCCGGCCGCGAAGAAAGCCCAAGAGCCGAUCAUGCCGCGGCGCACGCGCAGCACGACGCGUCUCGUGGAUGCGGUUGCGCAGCUCGACGACGAUAUGGACCUCGACGAGCCGGAAGAAGGCACGCGCCGCUCGCGCCGUGCCGAGCAGCUUGCUGCCAAGAAGCGCAGCGACGAUCUGCGCGAGCGUGCCGAGCGCGUCCUGGGCCCCCAGGCGCUCGGUGAGGAGGAGGAGGAAGAGGAAGAGGACGGCGAGCCGAUGCACCUCGAGAGCAAGAUUGCGUGCCUCGUGCGUCUCUGUGACCUUAUGUCGACGCCGAAAGGUGUGCCGGCCUCGAGCAGCAUGCACAGGCUCGUGCAGCCGCUCAUUGAUUCGCUGCCUGCGCUCGAAAAAGAGGCGCGCGAGCACGUCGCCAAGGUCAAGAACGAGUGCGAGGCGACGAUGAAUGCGCUCCAAAAGAAAGCGCCGUCGAUGGUCUCGCCGCGGUACAAUGCGUGGAAGGAGGAGCGCAAGAACCUCGGGCUCGCGAACGACCAUGCAGUGCGUACCGCCCAGGCCGAGCAGUACGUGUCGGUGGCGCGGUGUACGCCGCGCAGCGGCCCGCUGGGCCGCGACCUCGAUGGGAACGAGUACUGGCACCUUUGCCCAGUGGCCCUUCCUGAGCGCGAACAAGACGUGGCGUCCGCCGGCGCCCUCCCGCCGUUUUCCGGGCACUGGUCGCAGGUGCUGGUCGUCUAUGGGCGGUCGCCGGGCGGUGUGUUGGUCGAGAGCAGCGAGCAAGCAGCUAGCCAGGCGGACGCCGACGCCAAAAGCGAGCCUGCCGAGCCCGCCGAGCCCGCCGACGCUCUUACGGACGCGACCGACGCUGCGAAACCGCCGCCAUCCGUCCCUGCGCCCCCCACCCCCGCCUUUUACGGCACGGGCGACGCAGAGGCGAUUGGGCAGUUGCAUACCUAUCUGCACCACCGCAUGGAGCAUGCCGACCUGUCCGAGCACCAGCAGGCCGAGCAGGCCGCGCUGCUCGCGUCGCUCGCGCAGGUGCAGUCUUACAUUGCAUGGGUGCAAGCCGAAGUAGCCGCGCGCGGACUCUAG